AUGCCCUCGCACUCGCCCGUCUACGAUGUUCUUGCUAGUCUCUCCCCCUCGGACAUGCCCAAGUCCGUCUACAUCUGGGACCCACCUAAUACCCCUCUCUCGACAAUCUCGCCAGUAGCAACAGCCAUUGCAACCUACCUCGUGGUCAUCUUUGGUGGCAGAUACCUCAUGAAGGACAGGGCGCCCUUUGGAGCAAGCCUCAAGUAUCCUUUUCUGAUCCACAAUCUCGCACUGACCUUCGGUAGCGGUGCGCUUCUGGCCGUCAUGCUAGAAGAAGUCUUGCCCAUUCUCAACCGAGGCGGUAUGCUCUACGGAAUCUGCCAUCCUGCCGCCUGGACCACGCGUCUGGAGACUUUUUACAUUAUCAACUACUACUUCAAGUACUGGGAGCUGGUCGACACAAUCUUCCUCGUGCUCAAGAAGAAGCCACUGCAGUUUUUGCACGUAUACCAUCAUUCUGCUACUGCGCUGUUGUGCUACUACCAGCUGACGGGAAAGACGUCGGUGUCGUGGGUGGUCAUUGUGCUCAAUCUAGCCGUGCAUGUUCUCAUGUACUUCUACUAUGCCCUGUCGAGCUUGAAGAUCCGUGUGCCAUGGAAGCAGCUCGUGACCGUCUGCCAGAUCACCCAGUUCGUCAUCGACCUCUGCGUCGUGUACUUUGCUACCGGCCUUCAUUGGUCCUAUAGGUGGAACAUCACUCUGCCUUUUACCUCGAAGCCCAUUGACUGUGCUGGUGGAGAGGUUGCCGCUCUUGCAGGUUGCGCAUGCCUGACUAGCUACCUCUUCCUCUUCUUGAGCUUCUACGCUCGCACCUACAAGAAGGACGGCAAGGCUGGGGUCAAAAAGGGCGUC